UACUGAUGGCGCACGGGCCAUGACUGGGAGACACGGAGGUGUGGUUUCGCGUGUGCAAGCAGUCGCGCCAGAUGCCUCCUGGGUACACUGCAGCAUCCACCGAGAGGCUCUUGCUGCAAAGGGAAUACCUGUCCGUUUGAAACAUGUUUUGGACACGAGUGUAAAAAUGGUUAACUUUGUGAAAGCCAGGCCGCUGAACUCCCGCUUAUUUGCUGCGUUGUGCAAUGAGAUGGGCAGCGAGCAUGAGACAUUAUUACUCCACACAGAGGUUCGCUGGCUAUCUAGAGGGAAAGUGCUGACCCGUUUCUUUGAGUUGAGGGAUGAACUUAAAGUUUUCUUCAGUAACCAUCCCUUUGAGCUGUCUGAACAUUUGCAUGAUGAAGAGUACCUUACCUGCCUGGCUUAUCUGUGUGAUAUAUUUUCUCGUCUGAACGAGCUCAAUCUCGGAUUACAAGGCGUUUCUGCAACUAUAUUCAAUGUUCAAGAUAAAGUUGAGGCCAUGAUAAAGAAGUUAAACCUUUGGAAGAACUGCUUGGAUACAAACAACACUGAAGUCUUUCCUGUGCUGCAUGAUUUUCUGUGCUCUAAUGAUCUCACACUAUCUAAAAGUGUAAAGCGCGAAUGUAACGUGCACCUUGAGGAGCUGGCGGUGCAGUUACGCCGAUACUUCCCAGAGACGGACGGCUCAAAUGAUUGGAUACGUCACCCGUUCACCGCCGUGCCUACUUCGUUAUCACCGUCUGACCAGGAGAGCCUAAUUGAAAUCGCCACAGAUGGAUCUCUAAAAGUUGAACACGCUCAAAAGAACCUGGCGGAUUUCUGGAUAGGGCUGCGCACUGAACAGCCCGCGCUGGCUAAGCGCGCUGUCAAGACUCUGAUGCCUUUCGCCACCACAUACUUAUGCGAAAAGGGAUUUUCUGCUUUAACAAACAUGAAAACAAAAUACAGAGCAAGACUUUGUGUGGAAAACGAUUUAAGACUCAGCCUUUCCCAAAUUGAGCCAAACAUUGAAGAGCUGUGUGCCUCUGCUCAAGCACAUCCAUCACAUUAAAUAAAGUUCUGUUUAAUGAAAGUUCAUGGCCUUUAUGCUCUCGACAAAAAAGUGAAUUCUAAUAAAUCCUUUGAUACACUGCUAGUAUUAAGUAGUAAAGUUUGUUAUUAAAACUCUGUCAUUACUAAAAAAUAUUGAUAAAUUCAUUUGGUGGUGAGAAAUAAUCGACUGUGCAGUAUUUAUCUUUAUGCAUGCGAUAUUGCAAUGUAUUUAUAGACACUAAUUAAGAGUCGUUCGUAGUAGGGGGUAUGCGGCUGAGGGUGACAUGUCUCAAGGGGUACGUGGCUGGAAAAAGUUUG